GAGUGCAUGACGUAAUACACAGUCUGAAAGUGCAAUGGCGAUAUUGGACAAUAGUCAUCGCGUUUGGAUACCACAUCUGUAUCAUGUGGCUCACGUUGACAAACACACAUGGAUUACUUCUACUAAAUGAACGAUGCUCUUGAUGCAGGCUUGAUGAUCUACAGCCGGAGAUUUUGCAGCGAGGGAAAAAAACAUUGUACUGUUCCUCCGUUAGUGAUGACAGUGUAUGCUGAUCGCCGGUGAGUUUAAAGUCAAGUAAUGAUCGCAAUGCCGUGGUAAACAUUUGUUAUCUAUUAUUGUCUUGUGUUCGAAAGUCGGACUGUGCGUCUGUCCGAGGGGCGUGGCUGCAGGUUGGGUACCACUCCAGACCGAUAGCUUAGCAACAGAGGCAAGAGGAAGAGACAAUGGUUUGGCCAUUUGUCGGCGGCGUACAUUUUCCAUGAAGUAGGCCAUAGUAGAAGCCGUGUGAGCUGAGAUAAGCCAGGUCAGAGAUGAUGUCAUGUACACCACAAGGCACCGUGGAAGCGAAGACUGGAUCCUCGAAAUGUAAACAAAGGGAUGCGGGCCUCCCAGCUGGCCUGUGAUGAACAGGCUUUCCAAACGUCAGCGAUCGCUUGUGAAAUCCGAUUUGAAACUGAGAGGGUUAUUUCUGAGGUGUGACGUGUGAACAGACACUAUGGCCACGCAGGAACCGUCCCCCCCCUCGUCGAUGGAGAACAACAAGCCAGGCUUUCCCAGGAAGAUCCUGGCCAACAAGCUAGAAGACAAGCACCUCUGCAACUGUUGUCACAACAUCCUCAGACGCCCCUACCAAGCCCAGUGUGGACAUCGCUUCUGCUCCUAUUGUUUCAAUAGGACUGUCAGCAAUGGACCUCAGAAAUGCAACGCUUGCAUUAAAGAAGAGAUUUUUGAAGAGCCUACAUCCAUUUUGAAGCAAGGAUGUGCUUUUCCUGACAAUGCUGCUCGGCGAGAGGUUGAAAACCUGUCAGCGGUCUGCAUCCACGAGAGCUGCACCUGGACCGGCAGCAUCAAGGAGUAUGAGGUGAACCACGAAGGGAAGUGUGAGUUCAUGAUCAUCCCGUGUCCGUCCUGUAAAGAGAGGGUCCGUCUCAGCGAGCAGGAGCGCCACAGCGAGCGAGAGUGUCCCGAGAGAACGCUGAACUGCAAGUACUGCAAGGAGCCCUUCCACUUCAAAAACAUAAAGGCACAUGAUGAAAUAUGCCCAAAGUACCCGAUGAUCUGCGAAGGAUGUGCCAAGAAGAAAAUCCCCCGGGAAAAAUACGUUGACCAUAUCAAGUUCUGCAGCAAAUUCAGGACUCCAUGUCGAUUUCAUGUCGUAGGCUGUGAUAUGUCCGUGGAGAAGGAGAAGAUCCACGACCACGAGCGCGCCUGUGCCUACGAGCACCUCAACCUGCUGCUGCAUUACAUCAUGGGCAUGAAGGUGAGCAUGGAGGGCCUCCAGCCGCAGGGGCUGGAGCUGGCCGGACACAAGCUGGUGGAGCUCCACCAGUCCCUCCGGGAGCUGGAGGCCAGAGUCUCCCUGCUCAGCCACACCCCGUCUGGGCCUCCCGUGCAGGGGGCUGCCUCGUCCUCUUCCUCGUCCUCCUCCGGCGCCGCCGCCGCCGCCUCCUCAUCCGCCUGCAGCUCAGGAGCUCUGGCCUCCGCCUCCGCCCCGCCGCCCCACCUCUCCUCCGCCCUGGCCCCCGUCCUCACGGUGUCCACCUCCUUCACCCCACUGCCCAGCUCGGUGGGCGCGGCCCUGGAGCUGCAGCUGCACAGCGAGAAGACCAAGGUGGCGGAGCUGGGCCGCCGCUGCAUUGACCUGGAGGUGAAGGCGGGCACCUUCGAGAACGUGGUGUGUGUCCUGAACCGGGAGGUGGAGCGCUUCGCCACCACCAUGGAGGCCAGCAACCGGCAGCACCGGCUGGACCAGGACAAGAUCGAGGCCCUGAGCAAUAAGGUCCGUCAGCUGGAGCGGACGGUGGGCCUGAAGGACCUCACCGUGGCCGAGAUCGAGGGUCGACUCCGAGAGAUGGCCGCCACCACCUUCGACGGCGUCUUUGUCUGGAGGAUCUCAGACUUCACCAAGAAGAGACAGGAUGCCAUCGCGGGUCGCGCCCCCGCCAUGUUCUCCCCUGCGUUCUACACCAGUAAGUACGGCUACAAGAUGUGUCUGCGUAUCUACCUGAACGGCGAUGGGACCGGCCGCAGCAGCCACCUUUCCCUGUUCUUUGUGGUGAUGAGAGGCCUGAGCGACGCGCUGCUCAAGUGGCCUUUCAACCAGAAGGUGACCCUGAUGCUGCUGGACCAGAGCAACAGGGAGCACAUCAUCGACGCCUUCCGGCCCGACGUCACCUCCUCGUCCUUCCAGCGGCCCGUGAGUGAGAUGAACAUCGCCAGCGGCUGCCCCCUCUUCUGCCCGCUCGCCAAGCUGGACUCCAAGAACUCCUACAUCCGCGACGACACCAUCUUCAUCAAGGCCAUCGUGGACCUCACGGGCCUCUAGGGGCCCCCGGGGCCCUUGUUCCGGUUGUUUCUUGAGGGUUCACACACGUUGUCCGAACGUAUGCUGGGCCUGGCGUUGGAAGGGCUUUUAUUUUGAAAGGGCCCCCGGGCGUUGAUGUUGGGGGGGCAGGAUGGU